AUGCCUGCCUCUGCGAAUAUUCCAGCUAUUGCCCAGGUGCACGUUAGUGAGCAUGCGAAGAGAACUCUUGAUUUGGUCGAGGAAUUCGUCGAGAAAGAAUGCAUCCCAGCCGACCCUCUUUACUUAAAACAAAUUGGCGAAGGAGAACAACGAUGGAAAUCACAUCCGCCCAUCUUGGAAGAACUGAAAGCCAAAGCCCGCAAGCUGGGCCUGUGGAAUAUGUUUCUGCCCAAGAACCAUUUCUCGCAGGGUGCUGGCUUUAGUAACUUGGAAUAUGGGUUGAUGGCUGAGAUUCUGGGCAAGAGUCGAGUGGCUUCUGAGGCUACCAAUAAUUCUGCUCCCGACACUGGGAAUAUGGAAGUUCUGGCCAAAUAUGGAAAUGAAGCCCAAAAGAAGGAGUGGCUGACUCCAUUAUUGGAGGGUGAAAUUCGCUCGGCAUUUUUGAUGACAGAGCCAAAUAUAGCAUCGAGUGAUGCCACGAACAUCCAACUCAAUAUUCGCCGUGAGGGUAAUGAAUAUGUUCUUACUGGCCAGAAAUGGUGGUCGUCCGGAGCUGGUGACCCUCGCUGCAAGGUUUACCUCGUCAUGGGAAAAUCUGAUCCCACUAACCCCAACCCAUACCGCCAGCAAUCUGUUAUUAUUGUGCCAGCUGGAACACCAGGAAUCACCGUGCACCGAAUGAUGCAUGUCUACGGAUACGAUGACGCACCUCACGGACACGGGCACAUUACCUUCAAGAAUGUCCGAGUCCCCGUUUCAAACCUCGUGCUCGGCGAAGGCCGCGGCUUUGAAAUCAUCCAAGGCCGUCUUGGACCCGGCCGUAUCCACCAUGCCAUGCGAGCCAUCGGCUCCGCCGAGAAAGCCGUUGAAUGGCUAAUUGCGCGCAUCAAUGACGAACGGAAAACCACGUUUGGGAAGCAACUAUCUUCCCACGGCGUGAUCCUCGAAUGGCUUGCUCGAUCCCGUAUUGAGAUUGACGCUGCACGUCUCACCGUGCUCAACGCAGCCAUGAAAAUCGACCAGAACGAUGCUCGUUCUGCCCUGAAAGAAAUCGCAGAAGCCAAAGUCUUCGUUCCUACAAUUACGCUGGCCGUUAUUGACCGCGCAAUUCAGGCCUUUGGCGCUGCUGGAAUUUCGCAAGAUACGCCCUUAUCCGCUAUGUGGGCUAAUGCUCGUACGUUGCGCAUUGUCGACGGCCCGGAUGAAGUCCAUCUGCAGCAGUUGGCGAAGCGCGAAAACAAGGCGAGAAAGGAUGAACUCACCGCAAAAUUGCGUUGGCAGAGCGAUCGGGCUGACCAGUUAUUGCUAGCUAACGGCUUCCAAGCGAAGGCCAAGAUGUAA